AUGACGUACCUCAACUCGCUCGCGGCGGCGCUCAGCCGCUCGCUCGACGUCGCCGUCUCGGCCACGCGCGCCGCCGUGCGCAUGGACGUGGCGCCCACGGCCCGCUCGCACGGCGCGCUGCCGCUCUACGCCCUCAAGCGGCCCGAGGACCUGCCGCACUUUGCCACGGGCGCCGACGCCGACAUCGGCGGCCUCAGCAGCUGCCGCCUCGUCCUCGACGCCGCCGACGGCGGGCGCGGACGCUUCUUCGGCACACUGAGCACGCAGAUCCCACGCGGCGGCAGGAUCGAGCGCAGUGGCUACGCUGGCUUCCGCAACAAGAACCGACCAACGCUCUUCGGUUCGCAGACGUGGGACGCAUCGCUGUAUCCCUUCCUGCUGCUGCGCGUGCGCAACCGUCUCCCAGUAUCCUCGCCCUCUCUCGCGACGGCGGCCGCCCGUCUUGCUGCCGCAUCGCCGCACUCGUCGGCGCUCGGCACUGCAGCCGACUCGAGCGACGUGCGCGACACGCGCGCGCUGCACGCGCUCGGCAUCGGCUUCCGCGAGCCCGAGCCGCCGGGGCCCAAGUUCUUCGUAAACGUGCAGACCGACGGCCCGGUCACCAGCGACCUGUUCCAGCACCGCCUGUGGCUGCACCCGACAAAUGAGUGGCAGGAUGUCGUGAUUCCCUUCUCAGACUUCGCCCUCACGAACACGGGCCAGGUCGCUUCGUCCCAGAUCCAGAUGAUGCGCGAGAAGAUCCGCACCGUCGGCAUCUCAGCUGUGCUGUCGAGCCCGACCCGGCCCUCUUCGAACCAGACGAGCGCCCAGGGCGUGUCGCCGCUGUCCAAGCGGCAGGUCGUCGACGAGGGAGAUGACUGGGGCCCGGACGGCGAGUUUCUCGCGCCCGAGGAGCUGGGCAAGCGCGGUGCCCGGCGUGGAGGCAGCUACAACUUUGACUUGGGCAUCGAAGGUGUCUGGGCUGUCGGGGAAGAUGCGCUCAGGGAACCUCCCCACGAGGGUCCGGAGUAG